ACUUAACAAUUGAUUAUUUCAAUCAAAAAUCUGUCAUGUUAUUGAGAAGAAAUUGAGGUUAUUGUUUAUGUUUAACCAUUUUAGUAAGAAAUUCAUGGCAAAAAACACAUAAAUAACCAAUGUGACAUUAAACAUCAGCCAUGUCUUUGACGAAAAUCCUGAAGGCGCCUUGCAAACUGUUCAGGAAGGAAAAUAUAUCGUUUCUUAUAAUUCGUCGAUACGAUAUCGGUCUUCCCAACGACAAUCUGCGCUACCUAUCAGUAAAACCCUCGGCCUCCAUAUCGGUUCUGCGGCAGAAAAUAUGGCACUUGUUAGACCUGCCGGAUUUCUGCGAAGAGGUUAUAGUUCUCAAGUCGAACGACAUCGAGUUACCGUUGACAGAACUACGGAAAGGGAACGAUCCUCAAAAACCGUUCAUACUUGAGGUGUGGCCGGCGACUAACAAGCAAACAUUCAAACAUAACAUGUUGACGAUGGGUAGCGACAUUCGUUCCUUCGCCGCGACGUCCGUUACGGAUUGCGACAACAAAUCACAAGCAGAGUCGCAACAGGAUUUCAAAGACAUGGAAUCGACCCAAACCGUGCCGGCACCUACUAAAGAAGUCAAUAAAUUACGACAAAAGUGUUUUAUGAACACCUUGCCACCGGAAUACAAGAGCUCCGAGCUUUCUUGCAAGAUUUCCUCAACGUCCUUAUUAUUCAAACUACCCAGUCGAAGGAAUCGAGAAAACUUCGGAAUUAUCUUACUCAAGCUUCAAGACGACCUGAUGGCUCUAAGCGAGAAAUUGUCCACUUUAGAGGAUAAAAUUAAACCUUAGUUACAUUGUGUUGUGAAAUAAACAUGUUACU